CUUGUUUUUUCGUCUGCUACUACCGUGACACGGUGAACGACAGAAGAAGUUGUGGAAUGAUAUAAAUACCGUAACUACGUUCCGUUGAAUAAUAACAAAGCUAAUCUGCCAAAUUUCAAGUCAAGAUUAGUUUCAUUGUGAUACAAGAUGUCAAGAUCUGAAAGCGACGAUGAUGAGUUUGAGAGUGCGGAUGAAGGUGACGAGUCUACAGAUGAAAGUUGCAGUGUAGAUUCAGAAGAAAAGGUGUUAGAAGAGCAACCUGAAUGUAUGAAUGAGAAGGAAGAAAUAAAGCAAGAUAUAGUUGAUGACAAAUGUGACACUCCUCCUGCAAUAAUUGAAGCCGCAAAGCAUUCCGAGAAUUUAGCAAUUCAGGUUAACUGCCCUGAUAGUUUAAAAGAAUUACCGAAGAGUAAAGAGGUGCAAACAGCUUCAGUUUCCUCUGCAGUAGAUGUAAUAGUAAACAGUGACAUUCCAAAUGCAGGAAGCUUAUCUGAAAAGAAAUUCACUGAGGAUGCAAAAAUUAAUCAACAAAAGGAAAUAAUCCCAUCUUCUGAGUUAUUACCAAGUGAAAUAAUUGCUACAACAGAUCCUGAGAUAGAAUCUGUUAAUGAAACUGCCGUUUCUUCUGAACUACUUAGGGAGAAUGUCAUAGAAGUGCCACCUGAGAUAGCCAACAAGCUUUCAACCACUAGGACUAUCCCUAGUCGAGGGAAAACUAGAUCAAAACCCAGCCUAGGAGCAAAAAAGCUAGGUCUAGGUGCAGUAAAACUUAACCAAACACCUGAAUCUCUAAUCCCUGCUUUAGCAAAACUUGAUUCCAAAGAGACUUCUGAAGGUGGUGACUACAAGAAGACACCUGAACUGUUGGCUAGUUCUUCUAGUCAGAGUCAGAGUGAUGAUGGUGGAUGGGGUUGGUUUGCUCCUCCGAAGUCACUUAUGUCAUCGGUUUCCUCGAUUACAAAUACAAUUCUUUCAACAGUGGAGAACGGUCUUAACAUUCCCGAACCCGAAGAUUUAGCCAAAGAAGAAAUGCUAUAUGCCGACGAGAAGCAUGUUGAAGUCAAAGAACACCCACAACCCAAACAACCAGAGCCAAAACAGCCCGGAGAAGACAAGCCUGCUGGUUUCACGCAACUUUUUGGAGUCAGCAACAUUACUAAAUUCGUUGAGAGCACUGGUAGUAGUAUUUUCUCUACCGGAUUGGAUACUCUUGAACUUUUGGGCAAGAAAACUAUUAACGUUCUACAGCAAUCAGAUCCGGGGUUGAAACGAACGAAAGCUGUGCUUGCCAAUCCGCUGCAUGGUUCACAAGAUCGCCCGUGUCUUUCACAGAUAUUAAGAGAAGCAAAAGAAAAGGAUGAAAUAACAAAACCUGAAUCAGCGCAAGCGACAGCUUCUACGCAGUCAGUGAUACCGACACUCACAAGUUUGUUUGAACUUCAUAAUGGAAUAGUACACCUGGAAGCCUUAGAAAUGCUCUCUCAGCAAUGCCAAACCCGUUUCGCUCCCCAAAUCCGUCGCCUGGCUUCACAACAAAAAGCAGCCGUGGAUGAGAUAGCUUUGCUUUGCUCUAAAACAGAUGACCCCGAAGAUAAUGAUUGCUCGGACUCAGAUAUGAUUGAUCUACAAGCUCUUGAACAGAAUCUAUCUAGUUACUUUGAUAGAAUAAGUCUCGAGGUUUCGUUGAAGAAGAUAAUGAAUGCAUUUCGGGAAGGAAUUUCGGACUCUGAAGAUGUCGAUCCUUCAGAACUAUAUCGACGUGCUUUGAACUCUUUGGCCUUGGUUACUUCAUUGGCUGUUGAAAUUUUUCAUAAAGGCGCAGAACUUACGCUGAUGGCAAAUAAAUCGCCUAAUCCUGUGGCGGGUGCACGACUGGAAGCUGAAACUUUCCAUAGCGUAACAACUCUAUUGGCAGCAGAGAUAUCGAAAUUAGGUAGUCAUCACGCCAAUCAAAUUAUUCGGGCGAAAACCAGUGACCAAAGGAAUUAUUCGACUGAUAUUUACUACGAAGCCUCAAAUUGCCGCUCCUACUUAGAGAAUGCCUUGAAGUUGAUGAUCCCUGUUUUACAGUCACGCGUUUUUUAAAUAUUGUUCACUCUAACGCUACGACUACCAAGGUUUCUACUAGUUGCAAAAAAUCUGAACCAAAUUCUAAAUUCCGUUUUUUUUUGUGCUGCUAAACAUGGUCGAUAAAUGCCUUAAAUGGCAAAAACAUUUAAUUUGGGUGAGUUAAAAUACAAUGGUCUAAAAAGAA